AAAAAGCUUCGUGUUCAUCCGUGUGCUCAGAGUCAGUGUGGAAUCUAACACCAGCUUAUGGUGGAAAUAUGGCACAAAAUGAAACACAUCCCGUUUUGGAGAUACUAAAGUCAUUUAAUCUUGGUGAUAUGAUUUUAGCCUUCUGUUUAUCUGUGCUUGUUGGCCUGCUGCUGGGUGCUCUGGUGUACGUGCUGUUGACAUGGGCGUCCAGGCGCCAGGCCACUGCCAGGAUCACCAGACGCUCCAAUAAGAGAUCGGGCGCCUCACAAACAUCCACGAGCAACCAGAUGGGCCUUUACAGAAGCACUUUUCUGAGCGUCUACAGACAGCCCUCUCUGGAGCCAGUGGGCCCUCUGGGGAGUAAGCCCGGCCCCGAUACCUCCACCUUUCGCCCAGUGGCCAAGAGAAGCAGGGCUGGCCUGGAGAUGGGGGAGGACACCCUGGUGCCCAUGUCUGAGGACACGACCGCCUCCAUCUCAUCAGAUUCAGCGUCCCUUGUGCCAAACAAGAGACAUUCCUUCUGGUUGGGCAGCAACGGACUUAAAGGAUUCCUCCCCUCACAGACUCCCCCUCCUGCAUACGACAGUGUCAUUCAUGCCUUUGAAGAGACUUGCACCUGAAUCUAUCCAGAUAUAUACAAGAGGAACUGAAAAAGGAGAACAUUCAGGGAGUACACAGGACUUUCUGACUGUGAUUUGCUCUUAAUCAGACUAUUUCUGACUUUUUUGUCUAAAGCAGUGUGUGCUUAAAGGGUUAGUUUGGAUUUUAAGAAGUGGGGUCGUAUGAAGUACUUAUUCAUAGUAUAGAUGGUAAAUGGUGGUCAACACGACCCCCUUUUUUGAGAUGCAGGCAAGAGUACCAGCAUGGGAGCUGAAUAAUGUACUGCUGUGGAGGGGGGCAGCAGCAAGACAGAUAUUUGCCACAUAAAAAAAAAGAUGAAAAAUCAAUAUCAGUUCAAGUGUAUGCUAUGUUUUGAAUACUAAACACACUCUCUGCCAUACAGCCCUGUUUAAGGUUACAUAGGGGGAACUUAAGUCAUUACAUGUGCUCUCAGCAAAGCCACCAGACUCCAUUGACAAAAACAAUAAUUUUACCUUGAUGCUGGUCUACCAUUGUCUCAGUCGUUUAGUUUGUUUAGCUUUUUGUGUGACUUUGGUGUUUUGAUAGGGUUAAUUCAGAUUCAACAAAGUCACACAAUAACACCAACAAACUAACCGAUCACGACAGCAGUGGACCAGCAACUCCAGUGUUCUGCGAGGUAAAAUUACUGUUUUUGUCAAUGGAGUCUGGUGGCUUUGAAGGAAGCAUAGAACAGUCUGAGUUCUCCUGUGUAUACUUUAACAGGGCUGUCUGCCAGCAAGGUAAAACAGUGAAAAUAUUCUAAAUAUGGCUUACAGUUAAAUUGAUUUUUUUAGGUGACUGAAAUACGUUUUGCCAGUAACCUGGGGGCGUGCUGACUGCAGUGUAACACACUGACUCUGGAUAAGUGCCUCAUACAACCCCACUUCAAAAAAUCUGAACUAUCCCUUAAACUGAAAAGGGUGCUUCCACAACUAUCUAGUCUCAGCUAAGUGUUAUAUUAUAAGAUAAAGAUUACAAGUGGAACUUGCAUGCAUGUUAGUUUCACGAUUUAUCAAUCAGCUGUUUUCCCUAUAGAUUGUCACAGAAUAGCAAAAAAUGCUUAUGACAGUUUCCCAGAGCCCAAAGUAACUUCUCCAAAUGUCUUGUUUGUCAAAAAAACGAUUUAACGUUCAAUUGUAUGAACUAGUGACAAGCAGCAAAGUCUAACACUGAAGAAGAUGUAACAAGCAAAGAUUUGCUUGAAAAAUUACUCAUAUAAUUAAUCAAUUAAUCGAUUAAUCAUUGCAGUUCUCGUUGUUUGUAAUCACAGCAGAACAUCUGAUGAUGUAGUUAAGAGAGUCUGGAUUCUGCUCUGAUCACAUGAAGAUGAGGGAAACUAUGUGCUAGAU